AUGGUGAGAGAUUUUGGUGCCCUUGUCAGUGAUUCAGGUGUUGCGAUGGAGAGCUCGGGUGGCCUACUUUUGCUGAUCUGCAUGAUUAUCAUGUCUAUCUCAAUUAUAUCAAUGGCCAUCUUUGCUUGUGCUGGUGAUGAUGACUCAUCUAGAAAACCUCGCAAGAAACGAGACCAUUCUAGUGGUGACGGUGGUGACGGUGAUGACGGCGGUGGCGAUGAUGGCAGCGGUGGCGGCGGUGGUCACCACCACCACGCCGGUGGCCACCAUGGCGGUGGUGGCCACGAUGGCAGUGGUGGUCACCACGGCGGUGGCCACCACGGCGGCGGUGGCCACCACGGCGGUGGCCACCACGGCGGCGGUGGUCACCACGGCGGUGGCCACCACGGCGGCGGUGGCCACCAUGGCGGUGGUUACCACGGCGGUGGCCACUACGGCGGUAGUUUUUUUUAA